UCAUGCUGCUGCCAGGUCCAGAGUCUCUCAUGGGUCCCUGUACGGCCUCCCAUUGCUGCUGUCUCCAUCGCCACACUCUGCCAUGUGCCACUUUCAGGUCUCCUCACACUGCUGGUGUGUUCCAUUUUUUGUCAUAGGGUGCUGGCAGAUUACGGGCCUCCCAUAGCUGCUGCCAGGCCCCUAAUCUGCCAUGGGCCCCUAUACCGCCUCCUCAUGCUGCUGCCAAGUCCAGAGUCUCUCAUGGGUCCCUGUACGGCCUCCCAUUGCUGCUGUCUCCAUCGCCACACUCUGCCAUGUGCCACUUUCAGGUCUCCUCACACUGCUGGUGUGUUCCAUUUUUUG